UUGUCACUUUACAGACAUUGGGGGCCAAAUGCCAAGGUAUCUUCUUUGACCUUCCAGAUUUGGGAAAGGUGGUUUUAUUCGCUCUGCUGGUUGGUUACGACAUUCGCAACGGCCUGUGCCGCGUACUCUCGAGUCCCGAAGGGCAUCGAGGUGGCGCGGCCUUUGACGCAGCAUGCAAGCAUGACAGCAAGGUUGCAGGAAACUAUCGAAUACAUAUAUCGCACCUCGCCCGUAGACCUAGCACUACCUACGUGACCUGGAAUCCCAGCCCUGACGAGUCCCAUCAAACUUGUUGCAGCGGUGGGAUAAUUAGCUAGGUAGGUAUGGAGUUUUCCGGGUGCCCCGACGACGCAUCGCUCGGCCCGGCCGUGCAGGGCUGUCGCGGCAACUUCGACUUCACGCUCAAGUUCGAGAAGAUCUUCUUCGCCCUGAUUCCAGCCUCCAUCUUCAUUGCCGUCUCGGUGUCUCGCAUCGUCUAUCUUACACGUCGGCCGCUUCUCGUCGGCGGUGCUCUGCUACGAAGCGUAAAAGUGGCCGCGGCGCUUGUAUACAGUGUUGUCCAGCUAUGUCUGCUCGUGCUGAGCACCACGAGAUCACUGAAAUAUGGCAUGUUUUUCAUCCCGGCCGCCGCUGUGACGUUUGUCUCUUCCCUCUCCAUGAUAUGGCUGUCGCUGCUGGAGCACUCGCGGUCUCCUCGGCCGUCCAUGCUCCUGAAUGCAUAUCUCUUCCUCACAAUCCUCCUCGACGUGGCCCAGACUCGGACGCUGUGGCUGGCAUCAGACAAUUUCGAUGAAGUCACCUUUACGCGGUUGUUCACCGCGGGCGUGGCUACCAAAGCAGUCCUCGUCUUGCUCGAGUCUCGGCACAAGACGAGAUGGGUCGUCAACUGGGACGUCAAGCAGCACAGCCCAGAGGAGACCACGGGGCUCUACGGCCUCGGCGCCUUCUUCUGGCUCAACAAGCUGUUCGUGACGGGGUACCGCAAGCUCUUGACAAUGGACGAUUUGUUUCCGCUGGACCGCGCCAUGGCCUCGGAGGCGCUGCUCGCCAAGCUGGCAGGCCGCCUGGAUGUCUCGCGCAUCCGGGGCCAGGACUACGGCUUGGCAAAGGCUCUCGCGAGAGGGCUGGCUGUGCCCCUCCUGCUUCCCGUUGGGCCGCGGAUCGCGCUGACUGCUUUCCAGUUUUGCCAGCCGUUUCUCAUCGAAACUCUGCUGAAUUAUCUGGGGCGCCCGGAGGAGGAAUCCCCGCAGAAUACCGGCUAUGGGCUUAUUGGCGCAACUAUCAUCGUUUACUCUGGAAUUGCGAUAUCGGGCGCUUUCUACUGGUACUUUCAAGAACGAGCAAUGUACAUGGUACGAGGGGUCCUCGCCAGUGUCAUUUAUGACAAGACAACGGAAGCUAGCGCCUCCGCAUCGGACAACUCAGCCUCCAUCACACUGAUGAGCAGCGACGUGGAGCGCAUCAUACGAGGCUUUCUCGGCCUGCACGACUUUUGGUCCAGCACGAUCGAGGUUGCCCUGGCAUGCUGGCUGCUCUACCGUCAGAUCGGCGCGUCCUUUGUUGCUCCCUUAAUCGUUGUCGCGUGUUGCAUCCUGUGCAUCGCCUUCUUGGCGAGAUUCAUGGGGCCUCGGCAAAAGCAGUGGAUGGAGCUGAUCCAGAAGCGUGUGGGCCUCACCAGCAACACCAUCAGACAAAUGAAACACAUCAAGAUAUCGGGACUCGCCGGCCCGGUGGAGGAGUCGAUCCAGAAGAUGCGCGAGGACGAGCUCAGGGCCGGAAGCAGGUUCCGAGGCCUGGCCGUCGUCUUCGUUCUCAUCUCCUUCGCGCCCGCCCUCCUGUCGCCCACCCUGACUUUUGCCUUUGCGGCCAAGUCGCUGGACACGACAUUGAUUUUCACGUCCAUAUCCUAUAUCAUCCUCCUAGCCAACCCGCUUACGACUCUUUUCCAGACGGUUCCCGGCGUGGUUGCCUCGUUUGCCUGUUUGAGUAGGAUCCAGGCAUACCUAGAGACGAAGUCCCGGUUCGACUUCCGAGAGGAAGAAGGGCUGUCGUCAUCACCACGAACUGGCUCGUCUGGUUCAGCAGAAAAGGCAUCCAAGGGUAAGGACAAGGCUAGCCAUCCGGCUCCGGGGAUGAAAAUCACCGGUGGAAACUUCGGAUGGAAGUCGGGCGGCCAUAAUCUUAAGAACCUCAACCUCGAGAUAAAACCCUCGCAGCUCACGAUUGUUGUUGGCCCAGUCGCAUCGGGCAAGUCAACACUCUGCAAAGUCCUGCUCGGCGAAGUACCCAUAGCCGAGGGACGUGUUAUUAUGGGUCGAGCCCCCUCUUGGAAGAUCGGGUACUGCGACCAGAAUCCGUAUUUGACCAACGCAACGAUCCGAGAAAACAUUGUUGGAUUCUCGCCUUUCAACGAGGGCCGAUACAACGAAGUUAUUAAUGCUACUGCCCUGCAGCCGGACUUGGCCCUGUUCCCUCGGGGCGACAACACCAAGAUCGGAAGCAACGGGAUCACGCUGAGCGGGGGGCAAAAGCAGCGCGUGUCCAUGGCGAGAGCUCUGUACCUGGACUCGGACUUCUUGGUCUUUGACGACAUCCUCAGCGGCCUGGACGCCGACACCGAGGAGCAGGUUUUCCGCCGCGUUUUCUCCCCCGGGGGCCUUCUCCGCCGCAGAAACGCGACGACGGUUCUUUGCACGCAUUCUGUACGGCACCUGCCCCUGGCGGACCACAUUAUUUCUCUCGGGCCAGACGGGAGUCUUGUUGAACAAGGCAGCUUCGGCGAGCUCAUGGCCAACAAGAUGUACGUGUCGAGUCUAGGCGUCAAGGAGACUGGCGGCACGAGACCAGAUGGGGAUGCCAUCCACGCAGAUGACAUGGACAAGCCCACUCCGUCGGAGGUUCUGAACACAAAUGUCACCGCUCCUAGUAGCGACGAGGCAGAGAACGAGCCAGAGAGGAUGGUGGGUGACACCACCGUCUACCGCCAUUACUUUGCGAGGAUCGGGGUUGUGACUAGCACUUUGCUGUUCGGGUUCGCCUUUGCCUGCGCCUUCUUCGCCAACUUCAGCACCAUCUGGGUUAAGUUCUGGACCGAAGACCUCGGGCACAGCCCCCCGGAACACUCCAACGCCUAUUACAACGGCCUGUACGGCCUGUUCCAGGUGACCGCGCUCGUCUGCCUCUACGUCGCCGCCUACGUGGGCUUCACCGUCAUGAUCUUCGAGUCGGGCCGAGCCCUGCACCACGAGGCGCUGCGCACCGUGAUCGGCGCGCCGCUGAGCUUCUUCACAGAGACGGACACGGGUGUCGUCACCAACCUCUUCUCGCAGGACAUGACGCUCAUCGACGGCCAGCUGCCAAUGUCCCUGGUCAACGUCGCGCUGUACAUGUUCAACUGCGUCGGCAUGGCCGCCAUCAUCGCCACCUCGUCGCCGUAUCUCGCCAUCACGUACCCUUUCCUGAGUGCUAUUCUGUACGGCAUGCAGAGGUUCUACCUGCGCACGUCGCGGCAGAUCCGGUUGUUGGAUCUCGAGGCAAAGAGCCCCCUGUACUCGCACUUCAUCGACACCAUCAAGGGGAUCACCACGUUCCGCGCGUUUGGCUGGGUGCCGCAGGGCGUGGCGCGGAACCACAUGCUGCUGGACGACUCGCAGCGGCCGGCGUACCUGCUGGCCAUGAUCCAGCGGUGGCUGGGCUUCGCGCUGCAGAUGGUCGUGGCGGCGCUGGCCUUUUCCGUCGUGACGCUGGCCACACAAACGCGCUCCGACACGGCCUUCACCGGCGCCGGCCUGAUCGCGCUCAUGACGUUCGGCGACUCGCUGAGCUACAUCAUCAUCUUCUACACGCAGCUCGAGACGUCCAUCGGCGCCGUCAGCCGGCUCAAGACGUUCAGCGACAAGGUCGAGCCCGAGAGCCGAGAGGGCGAAGACACAGUCCCGGCGAGCGACUGGCCGCUGAAGGGCGGGAUCCAGAUCCGUGGCGUUUCGGCGUCGUAUGGCACUCCCAAGCGUGUAUCCGCUCCUCUGAGCGAUUCCAGUGCAGAUAGUGUCGCGAGCGUCGCAGCUGGCGCCGAGCACGCGGCAGAUUCCCAACAACUGGCCCUCGUAGACUUGAACCUGGACAUCGCGCCAGGCGAGAAAGUCGCCAUCUGCGGGCGCACGGGAAGCGGCAAAUCCUCCACAAUCCUCCUCCUGCUCCGCCUCCUCGACCCGCUCCCCUCAUGCAGCCAGAACAUCACCAUCGACGGCACGCCGCUGCACAAGAUCGACCGCUCCACGCUGCGGCAGCGCAUCAUCGCCGUGCCGCAGGACCCCGUGUUCCUGCCCGACGGCACAUCCUUCCAGGCCAACCUCGACCCGCUCGGCCUGUCAACGGCCGCCGAGUGCCGCGCCGUGCUCGAGGCCGUCGAGCUGUGGACGUCGCUCGUCGACCCCCCUGUCCGCGGCGGCGGGCCGGGGCUGGCGGGCCCUCUGGCGGCCGACGCCCUCUCGCAGGGCCAGAAGCAGCUGUUCAGCCUGGCGCGCGCGAUCCUGCGGCGCCGCAUCCGCGCACGCACACGCGUGGGUGGCGACGGCGGCGAUAGCGGUAUCCUGCUGCUCGACGAGGUCAGUUCGAGCGUUGAUAGAGGUACGGACCGUGCCAUGCAGCAGAUUAUCAAGGACGAGUUUGCGGGGUAUACGAUUGUUAUGGUAAGCCACCGCCUCGAUGUGGUGAUGGACUUUGACCGUGUCGUGGUUAUGGACAGCGGCCGGAUUGUCGAGACGGGCCCGCCAAGGGACCUGGUUGAGUUGGAGAGCUCGAGGUUUGGGGAGCUGUGGAUGAUUGGGAGUGAGAGCAGAGGGAAGUGAGAGCAGAGGGAAGUGAGAGCAUAGGGAAGUGAGAGCAGAGGGAAGUGAGGGCAGAGGAAAGUGAGAGCAGAGGAAAGGCUUGAGGUGUGUGUUGUUCGUUGAGCGUC